GCUCGGCUCUGGCCCCCAUGCGCCCAUCGGCCCAUCCCAUCUGACCGUCUCGCCUCACCUUCGCCCCCGCACCAGUGACUCGACUUCUUCCGCGAACCGCCACCGCCACCUCACCCACCACCUCGCCGGAGAUCACGAGAGGAAGCCUCGCCGCCACCCUCCAUGGGGGACGCCGCCGCCGGCCGCGGCCACGUCGUCUACCCUCCCCGCUCUGCCGAGGACAUCUUCAAGGACUACCGCGCCCGCCGCUCCGCCAUCCUCCGCGCCCUCACCCACGUGUCUUCACUGUCAUCCAAUAGGAAGCGUUUAUUUGGUAUGAUUAACGAAUUGCCAACUGUUUUUGAAGUUGUCUCUGGUGCGAGACAAUCUAAGGAGAGGUCCAGUAUGGACAAUGGUGGGAGGGCCAAGCCCUCAGUAAAGAUAGAAAAUAACGAAAAAGCAACAGACGAAGCAUACGGCGAAGAUGACAGCGAUCACGGUGAAACCCUAUGUGGAACCUGCGGUGGGAUAUACAGCGCAGAUGAGUUUUGGAUUGGUUGCGACAUCUGCGAGAGGUGGUACCAUGGCAAGUGCGUCAAGAUAACCCCCGCCAAGGCGGAAAGCAUAAAACACUACAAGUGCCCGAGCUGCAGCUCCAAGAGGGCUAGGCAGUAGCAAAACUUAUGGAGAAGGCUGAGGCUUCAUUUACAAGAUUAGAACUAUAUUGCUAUCUUCGUUUUACCUUAUGUCUACUUUACCUAUGAUGAAGCUAAUGUGAGGAAAGGAUGAGACAUUUGACAACCAGAGGCACUUGAGUUGGAUGCCCCUAUAUAAACGGUGGGGUAAAAGAAGAGGAAACCUGUGUGCUCCUGUUUUUAUCUGUCACCUGUACGCGUCGUUCUUUUUUAUACACAUGGGACAUGGCUGCAGCCUUUACUGAAGUUCUCAACUGUA